GAAUGUUUAGGUCGAGAUCAAGAUCGAUGGAAACGAACAAAAUUCCAAAAUCUCCAGCUGAAAGAAUUACUCAAAGCAUUAAGAACAAGUUUCAGUGCCAAAAUGCAACUAUUAAUCCUAUAAAUGGAGAUCAACUUAUUCUUCCAUCAAUCUUCAAAGUACACCAAGGCUUAAGGAGAAGCAACCCCGAUUCCUACGCCCCAAUGAUCGUCUCGAUCGGCCCUUAUCACCAUGCAAGUACUGCAAACCCUAAUUUACUCCCAAUGGAAAACAUAAAACUCUCGUAUUUGCAUUCAUUUCUCGCACGAACGUCAGAAGACGAUGUGGGAAGGUACGUUUUAGCCCUCCAGCAAUCCAAACAUAAGGCUCUCAGUUUCUACGCCGACCAAAAUUUUGACGACGAAAAUGGUGAUCUGUUUGUGGAAAUGAUGCUUCUUGACGGCUGCUUCAUAGUUGAGUUUGUUCGGAGAUAUUCCGAACUGGAAAACGGACAUGAUCUUGAAGAUGACCCAAUAUUCGGCGUCGACUGGAUGAGAAUCCAAAUAUGUCGCGAUCUUAUGCUAAUAGAGAAUCAGCUCCCUUAUUUUGUUCUUUUGGAGCUUUACAAUUUGAAUCAUGACGAUCAAUUUGAUGAUGUUAUUGGUGAUGAGAGGGAGCCCUUUGCAAAUCUUGCGAUGUUGGUUUUCUCAGACAUGUUCCCAAAGCUUUGUCCUGCAUCCAUAUUUUCUUCGGCGGAAUUAUUUGAGGAGAGAGAGGUCAAACAUUUGUUGCAUUUGGUUCACCUUCUGUGUCGGCCGCCACCUCAUUCUUCUUCUUCUCCUUCUGGAUUGAAAAGCUUUGAAGGAAAUUAUGGCGUGAGUGGGAGUGAGGUGAUGGAACCGAUGCGGUGUGUGAAAGAGUUGGAAGAAGCUGGAAUCACGUUCAAAAAGAUCGGAAAAGUUUAUGCCGGGAUUCAUUCGUUGGAUGCUGACACCAUUGAUGACACUAUCAGCUUGUUUGAUAUCAAGUUCCAUAAUGGUGUCAUGGAGAUCCCUUCCCUUAAGGUUAGAGUUAUUCAUUGUGUUUAUGUUGAGGACUCGACGGAUACUUUCUUCAGGAAUCUGAUAGCAUACGAGCAGCAUUCGUCUGAGUUGAGGCCAAAGUACUUCACGGAUUAUGCGAUGUUCAUGGACCAACUAAUAAACACGGAUGAAGAUGUAAACGUGCUUCGACGUAACGGAAUAAUAGUGAACUUGUUAGGGGAUGAUGGAGAAGUAGCAAAUCUUUUUAACAAGCUUGGAGAAGGGGUUAUCACAAGUUCUAAUUUUUACUAUUUGGGGACAUGCAAUUCAGUGAAUCAACACUGCGGCAAGAUUUGGAAUGUGGUGAUGGCAAAAUUGAGGCAUGACUAUUUCAAUAGUCCAUGGGCAACAGCUUCCACAAUUGCUGCUGUUGUGCUUCUUAUUCUUACUGUUAUACAAACCAUUGCCUCUGUAAUACCUUUGUAUUCCUAG